UGAAUGUGUUCCGUUUGGAAAAUUCUGUAAAUUGCCAACCUUUAAACAUUUUAUCAAUUCAAGAAGAAUUGAUUAUUAGACAUGAAGAUAGUAGUGAUGGAGAAGAAACCAAUUUCGAGGCAGACUUGGACUAUUUGU